UUGAAGGUUGUAUAGGUCGUCACAAUAGGUACGUUUCAUGUUCCGAAAAUGCAGAGUCAGGCUAUUCUGUUGUGACAUCGUCACCCAAGCGCUGUGACCCUUCCCUUUGCUAAGGGUCCUCUAGCGAGCGCGCGUUACCUUGCAUUCUGCUGGUAUAAGUAUCUCGAGUAUAUAUAAUCAUACGUUUGGGACUACGUUACAUGUUAAACAGUGGUUGUUAGAUCAACGUCAGAUCAACACCGAUAUUUCACGCUGAAACAAUGGCUCUCCCUACCCUGAUCACAACUGAGUGGCUGCAGAAUAACUUGACAAAGAUACAAGAGGAAGAUUCCAAGGAGUUCAGGCUUUUAGAUGUAUCGUGGAGUAGUGAUAAAAACACACGGGCUGAUUAUUACAAGGAACAUAUUCCCGGCAGCCUGUAUUUUGAUUUAAUGUAUGGAGUAGAAAACACCCCGCAUUUUCCCAGAAAUCUCCCCAGUGCUGAAGCAUUCCAGGAACAAGCCCGCAUUCUCGGGAUUGAUGAUGAUACGCACGUGAUAGUAUACGACAAUAAUGUCGGAGGAAAACACGGGUUUUAUGUCGCUUGUAGAGUGUGGUGGAUGUUUAAGAUAUUUGGUCAUGACAAGGUGUCCGUAUUAGACGGAGGAUUAACCAAAUGGAAAAAGGACAACCAUGCCACAACUGCAGACGUUAUGAAUGUGAAGAGAGGCAACUUUAGUGUUAAACAGAGACCUGAACUACUUCGGUCUUUUGAUGACAUAAAGUCAAUAAUAUCAACAAAAAAGGAACAACUUGGGGAUUCCCGGCCAAGAGGCCAAUAUCUUAACACAUCAGGGGGGAGUUAUGUUGGAGGAUACAUACCAGGCUCGUUCAACAUCCCAAUGGACGACUUAAUAGACCAGGAGAGCCAUACCUUCAAGAAAAAGGAAGAACUCCUUCGGCUGUUGCAGGAGUCCGGGACAAAGUUGGACCAGCCCCUGGUGGCAUCAUGCAACACAGGGAUGACAGCAUGCAGUCUGCUCAUGGCGGCCCACAUAUGCGGCAUGAACGACCUGGCUGUCUAUAUGGGGAGUUGGACUGAGUGGAGAAGCAAAGCUGAUCCAGACUACAUCAUCAAACCAAAGACACAGGCAGAUUAAAAUUUUGAUGUUUAUCAGGGACCACAUUGUUUCUUAAGCGUUAAGUUGUUCCCAAAGUUUAUUUUGACUGUCACGGUAAAUAGAACAAAAUUAAAUGGUGAAAUCCACAUAAAUAAGUGUAGGCCUUAUAGUUAAUCUGCAAUAUCAAAAAUAGGAAUCCAUUGAAGGGAAUCCUUAUUCUAUAUUUUUGGUGAUGAAAUCCGAACCACACCAUAAAGAUGUCGAAGCAUCGCCCUGUAGUCCUUUUAUCUAAAGCUACCUAAUACCUAAGAAUUGUGCUGAUAUAGCCACUCUGUUGAUCGAAAAACUUCUGCAAGCGACAAUGACAAUUUACCCCUAAAAACGCUGUAGUAAGGUCAUCCAAAAGAAACAAUGGAAAAAAUAACGUGUAAACAUACUCUGUUGUUCAUACGAUUAUAUGAUAUAUGUGUGUGUGUGUGUAUGUGUAUAAAUAGGCGGAUGUAAUGAUUAGCUUGAUGGUAAUGAGACGUUCCUUUGGCUUCGUAUGACUUGUAAAGGACCGAGAUUUGUUAUUAUUUUUCACAGAAACCGAUGUCAGUUUAACAUAUUCGAAAGAACUGACGUUACAUUCUUUUGACCUGCAGGAAGUGUCACAAAAUUCAUCGUCUUCUUUACUGAUCGGUAAAGCACACUAUGCCUCAGCACCCACUAGGUUACGGAUACCCCCGAGUUGGGUUUGGCGUCACAGCUGUUUUUAGUGCGUGGACUGUCAACUUCUACUGUCCAUGUGGUAGUCUAGGUUAGGGUCCGCCUUCUAUUAGAUUCAUGCAGGUUAGGGUUGGCGUGACGUGAGUUGGUAAAAAUUGAGGACGGUGCUUACCCUUAUCAAUUAAUGGGAACUAAACACUGUCACAGAGUACUCUUUCGUACAUGGCAGGUUUUGGAAUAUAACACCAAAGUAAGCCUUCUUUGAAACCUCAUUUCUGGUCCAACUCACGCAUUUGACCACCUUAAAAAGAAAUAGUAUCCAAACCAUCUUUGCCGUCCAUAGGGCCUACAGAAUAGUAAGCUGUUUGCAUAUUGCUUCAGACAGUCAAACAUUAUUUAUAUUUUACCCUGCAAUAAAAGACUGCGGACUUACAGGGGAAGGAAGAUACUUGUAAUUAGUUUUUUAUUAAUCUGCCGAACCUAUUUUUACCUGCAAACGUACACUUCUCUUAAUACCUUAAGUUUUUAUCUAUUAUACUUCUUUUAUUCUCUUUUUGCAAUGGCAAAAUAUCUUAUAAUACAUAUUAGAUUGAAUAAACAUCAUUUUAUUAUUAA